CUGAGUGAGUCUGGGGCUGCAUCCCACAUCCUCCUGUAUUUGGGGUCUGGCAACACAGGGCUAGCUGGAGCUCAUACCUAGCUAGUAGGAUUUUUAUUAAAGCCUGUGUGGCUUUCCCCUCCCCUCCCUGCAGAUCCUCUGGCAACAAGAACCUAGCACCAUGGUCAGUGUAUGGGGAAGCCUGCGGCUCUCUGUGAUUCUUCAUCUCAUCUGCUUUUCCCUGGCACAGUUUACGGGUCCUCCAGGUCCACCAGGGCCUCCUGGUCCACCAGGCCUACCAGGGAUCCCAGGAUCAGAUGGCAUUGAUGGUGACAAAGGGCCUCCAGGAAUUCAACCUGCGGGCGCAAAAGGGGACCCAGGCCUUCCCGGGCCAGAUGGCCGCCCUGGAGAAUCUGGAAUUGAUGGAUUAAUAGGAGCCAAAGGAGACCCUGGACCAGCAGGUCGCCCAGGCUCAAAAGGUCAGCCUGGACUACCAGGGCCACCAGGAAAGCCUGGACCUGGCGUUGCUGGUCUUCCUGGUAACACAGGCCCAGUUGGGCUUCCCGGUGAAAUUGGAGCCACAGGACCAAAGGGCAUAAAGGGGCCUCUUGGGCCUUCUGGACCCCCUGGACCCCCUGGGAAACCUGGUCCUACAGCGAACAUCCAAGGCUUGGAAGGCAGUGCUGAUUUCUUGUGUCCAACAAACUGCCCAGCAGGUCCAAAGGGCCCUCAAGGACUACAAGGGGUGAAGGGGCACAAAGGGCGUCCAGGUCCUCUUGGUGAGCCAGGACAACAGGGGAAAUCUGGCCCAAAUGGAGAUGUUGGGAUUUCUGGAGAACAAGGAAUUCCAGGACCCCCGGGACCAAUAGGUAUCCGCGGUUAUACAGGAAUUGGUGGACCCAAAGGAGAAACAGGACCCACCGGAUAUAAAGGGAUGAUCGGAUCGGUUGGAGCAGCAGGAAAGCCUGGUGAGGAGGGACCGAAAGGGCCUCCAGGGGAACCGGGUGAGAAAGGAGACAAGGGGGCACGUGGCAUUACAGGGCAAAUUGGAGCAAUGGGUCCAAAGGGCAACAAUGGUCUCCCCGGUAUUGAUGGCAAGGAUGGUACCCCGGGUAUUCCUGGUAUAAAGGGCAGCCCUGGCCAAAAUGGUAUUCCUGGUGCUCCUGGUCAUCAAGGGUUAUCUGGCUUACCUGGUCAACCUGGUGCUAAAGGAGGAAGUGGACAAAAAGGUGAGCCAGGCUCUCGCGGAGAAUCAGGAUUCUCAGGAGCUCCUGGAAAGCAGGGAGAAAGGGGUCCGCCUGGAGAAGCUGGUCCCAGAGGCCUUGUAGGUGUCAAAGGGGACAGUGGAGAAAGAGGACCAGUUGGACCAAUUGGGGUGGUGGGAAAAGUGGGGGCUAAGGGAGAACAAGGACCUCCUGGCAUACCAGGACCACAGGGUAUUUCUGGAAUAAAAGGAGACAAGGGUUUCCCAGGAAAGGUCGGGUCAAAGGGUGAAUUGGGUGAUCCAGGAGUUGAAGGAUUGGCUGGGGAGAAAGGAGAAAAGGGGGAUUCUGGUGAACCAGGUACUAAAGGACAGCAAGGUGUAUAUGGAGAAUUGGGCUACACAGGUCCCACUGGAGAUCCUGGCCAGCCCGGAAUUCAAGGAUUAGCAGGACCACCAGGCCCACGUGGACUUAAUGGAGAGAGGGGAGUCCCUGGAAUGCCCGGACGACCAGGAGUUGCAGGAAGAGAUGCUGGGGAUCAACACAUAAUUGACGUUGUUUUGAAAAUGCUGCAAGAGAAACUGGCAGAUGUGGCUGUCAGUGCUAAGAGAGCAGCCCUAGGUGGAGCUGGCGUUAUGGGACCACCCGGACCGCCUGGACCACCAGGACCACCUGGAGAACAGGGUCCCCAUGGACACAUAGGGCCACGUGGUAUCCCUGGCAUAGUGGGGGUCAUGGGCCAAAUCGGAAAUACAGGACCCAAAGGAAAACGAGGAGAAAAGGGAGACCAAGGGGAACAAGGUCGUGGUCAUCAGGGUCUGCCUGGCCCAGCUGGAAUUCCAGGUCUUCCUGGCAUCCCUGGUCAGGCCAUCAAUGGAAAGGACGGAGAAAGAGGUCCGGAGGGUGCAGCAGGAAUAGCUGGACGACCUGGGUUGCCUGGGCCCGCAGGGCUCCCAGGAUUUUGUGAGGCAGCAGCAUGUUUGGCAGCAUCUGCAUAUGCUCCAGCCUCUCUGACUGAACCUGGUGCUGUCAAGGGUUAAAUAUUCCACUGUUCCUUUUGAAUACUCCCCAGGACACGUGACAAACUGAAAAAUACAAAGUAACAUGAAAAGGAACCCAUUCUCUGCUACUUGGGCCCACACCCCAAAUACAUCAUUCCCAUUCCAAGGGUCCAUCCAGCAGCGAGGAGGUUAUUGGAAUUGGCAUGGCCAAAGGAGGAACAAGGGAAAGAAGUUCGGAAAUAAUGUGUCAACCAGCCUACAGUGCACAGUCAACCACUUUCCUCCUAAACUCUGACCUCAACAUUGUCCUUUCUAUUCCAUAUAUUUUGUAUAAUUGGAAUCUUGCUUGACUCCUUUGCUGCCUUUGAAGAAGAUAUAGUCAGUGAAUCAUAGCCACCACUGGAUAGAUAGAGCAAUAAUGUGGACAUGUGUGACAUAUUGUGCUGGAACACCUCAGUGAAGCUCUGGAGCAUUUACAGAUUCAUCCUUUAUCCAGACAGGACCUGGCCAGAAAUACAGUUUUCAUAAAAAAAAAAAAAGAUUUGUGAUUUGACUUUUUUUUUGUGAAAAAUGUUUAAAUAUAGUGUCAUAAUAUGUAUUGUGUUCUAUCAGACAUAAGUUAGGUGUUUGAGGUCCAGGGACGUGGAGCAUCCAUCAAAGUGUUCAGGUUAUUGAAGUGAUUUGGCCCAGGCAGUCAGGUCACACGCACCUUCAUGUAAACACAGGACUCAUACACACUAAUCACAAAUCAGCAGAAUGUCCAGUGACGCAUCUCCAGUAGCUGCAAUCACUUCGCAGAUACCACCCUUGCGAAACUGUAUUCAUCAAACUCUCUAUGGUAAACAUGUACUCAGAACAGGCUGAAGCACUAGACAUUCCAGAAAAGUAACUUGAAAUGUCUGUCCAGUGUGAGCACUAAGGACACGUUUCCUACAGAUAUAAUAGAUCUUUAUGAUAACAGCUAGUGGACGUAGCUGAAAGCACCACAGUCUGAUUUUUACUGGUAUGUAUGAGUUCCCAUUGAUCCAAGUUUAGGGGACACAAUAGCUCUGCAGAUCGGGGACUUACUUGCUAGUAUUUGCAUGGACUCUAAACCUAAAAAGUACGAACAAACUCCUACUGCUUGCUCAGUCAGUUAUAUAUCCAUACUAGCUUACUCUCAUUCCUUCCUUCUUUCUGUCUCUGGGUGAAUCAUGUCAUAAUUGCCUGCCCCUGCAGUGCAAUACUGACAGUCACAACAUCAAGCAGAAGGGAUGAGGCUGAUUAAGUGAUUUAUUGAGAAUUGUGUCAUAACCCCCGGCAGAUGCAUUUCAUUACCAAGUAGGCAAGAUGCAGAAGGGUUACUUAAUCUCCCAGGAGUCCAGGGGAAUCCUCUUAAAAAAAGGGAGUAUCCAAAAUUUUGAGGAGUUCUAAUGGACCAUUUUAGAUUCCACCCAUUUCCCUAUUGAAAUGGGGAGAACAGGGAGUCUCAUAUUGAGACAAAUCAUGUCAUUACAACCCCACUCCGCACCCUGUGAUACUGUACCACAAAUCACAGUUUUACACAGGGGAGGCGGGCCAUUAUGACUAGGCUUACCAUAUUAUAAUUUUAAACCGGGCUACUUAUGAAUUACACAGGUUCUGUGGCUGAUUAAAACCAGGUGGAAUGCAGGCUUGAAUUAAACCAGCCACAGAACUUGUGUAAUUCAUAAGUGUCCCAAUUUAAAGGGAUUGUAUGGUAAGCCUAAUUAUGAAGUGAAUCUUGUCACCAUGCCCCCCUGCACCUGCCACUUAGACCUCCAUCCAAUAGUAGGCAAGUAUGGUUAUAUCAUAUAUCUGUAUCUAGAGUUUACAGCAUGGGAGGAUAUUUUGGAAAAGUGGUGCACAAGAAAAAAAAAAUUGCUGAUAACAAUAGCAAGCAAAUUCUGUCAUUUAUUUAACUUAUGAAAGGAAAGCAAACAUGGGCCCUCAUUCCGAGUUGUUCGCUCGUUAGUGGUUUUCGCAACGGAGCGAUUUGUCGCAAACUGUGCAUGCGCAAUGUUCGCAGUGCGUCUGUGCCAAGUAAAUUUGCCAAAAAGUUAGGUAUUUUACUCACGGCUUAACGAACACCCACUUCCUGUGAUUGACAGGAAGUGGGUGUUUCUGGGCGGAAACUGGCCGUUUUAUGGGUGUGUGCGGAAAAACGCUGCCGUUUCUGGGAAAAACGCGGGAGUGGCUGGAGAAACGGGGGAAUGUCUGGGCGAACGCUGGGUGUGUUUGUGACGUCAAACCAGGAACGAAACUGACUAAACUGAUCGCAGUGGCAGAGUAAGUGUCGAGCUACUCAGAAACUGCAAAGAAAUUUCUAUUCGCAAUUAUGCGAAUCUUUCGUUCGCAAUUCUGCAAAGCUAAGAUUCACUCCCAGUAGGCGGCGGCUUAGCGUAUGCAAAGCUGCUAAAAGCAGCUAGCGAGCGAACAACUCGGAAUGAGGGCCAUGGUUGGUUUCUAUGGGUUACAACAACAUUUUCCUGUGCACCAGAUUUUAGUAAUGUCCUCCAAUGCCUUUAGCAAAAUAAGCUUUGAACAUAUCCUGAACUGUGAUUUAGAUUAUACAGAAUCAGGAGUUAGCAGUAUGUGCCCCUAUUUUCAUUUCUUGCAUGACUUUUCUAAGAGAUUUGGCUUUUCUUGUUAUCAUGCCACAAGCGUGUGUCUCUAAUGUGUGUGCUUGCAGGGAUGCUAACAUUCUUUUUGUUUGCGGUGUGUGUGCUUCCCAUUUGUUCAUGUUCCAUUUCCUUCUUUUCUCUGUGUUCACCUAUGUGGUGUUCUUUGUGCAAUUUGGUAAAAGUAUAUGUCUGAAAUCUGUGAGUGAUUAGAUGUGUUGUUUGAUGUAGUAUGUUCACCUUGGUUGUUAGAAUUCUAUGUUUGUCCUGUCUGUGUGUAAUAUCAUACAUUCCCCUACCUUUGUGUAUAUAGUUAUGAAUUAUUCUUGCCUGCAUGUAUAUGUUGCACCUAUGGUCCGCCUUGCGUUGCAUUCACCUUAUGUCUCUGUAUAUUCUUCAUAUAUGCUAUGUGGUCCAUUCUAUUUCUAUGUCACAUACAUGUGGUACAGUACAUUGAUCUAUAUAGGAACUAACAUUUUAAAAUGAUAGGGGUGCUUGAGUAACCUCCAUUUCCCCACAUGACUGAGAAAUGGCAUUCAUAGUCAUGAACUGUGGCAGCACAAAUACCCACAGAGAUUGCACCAAUGCAUGUACCUAAUGUCUCUAUUAACAAGAAGUGUAAAGUUGUAUUUCUUUGUCACAAUUAUGUCUUUAUUUUAUUUUUUUUGUUUUAUAUGUGAUAUAUGUCUUGCUCGCUUGUUAAGAUAUAUAUAAUGUAUGUAUUUAAUCUGGAGUAUGUAAUACCUUUGGCAAAUGUCCAGCAGCUGUUUUAAUGAAAUACAUACUGGAGACCGGCAGAUAUAUAGUGACAGUCGGCAUUCCGUCAGUCAGAAUCCCAGCAGAGAGUGCCCACGUGUGCUCGCCAUGCUUUGGGCCCGGUGGCGAGCUUUGCACAGGUUAUGUUCCCACUCCGGUGGUAGCGAGAAUACCGAGCUGCGGUCAGGAUUCUGACCACUGGCAUUACACCGUCAGGAUUCCGGCAUUGGUAUCCUGAAUGCCGGGAUCCCGACAGGCGGUAUAUUAGCCACAUCACGUUUUAACUACAUACAAUAGGCCCCCUCUUUAUUUGUAUUUCUUGUGUCUCUGCUAUACUGUAUGUAUGUGUUCUUCAGUUUUAAUGUAUUCUAGCAUGUCGCUUGUGUCUAUAUGGUAAAAAUAUAUAUCCAUUGUGCUUGUUUCUACCCCUACUCUUGGUAGGCUACCUGUCCGUCAUGUCUCUGUGCUGACGCUUAUGUCCUUGGUUUAUUGUUAAACAUACAAGUCCCAUGAGUUUGCAUGAAAUUGCUUUAGUAUCUUGUUACAUGUAUGUGUCCUGUUUGUUUGCCAUGUGGUGCAUAUGAAGUGUGUUAUGCCAGAGACAGGAACCAUGCUUCCUUUGUAAUCCAUCUGUCUGUCCAUAUAUGCUGCAUAAUAAGGAACCAUCUGCUUAUAUGAGAUCAGUCAUCAAGAAAAUGAUUAUAAUAAAAUGCAUAACAUGCUGAAAGAUGGCUUCUCCAUCUAGAAAUACUCUAGGUACUGUAUUAUAGGUCUGCCCAUGUGGGCCUUGAUACAUUUUUGUCUCUUGUAAACUAAUGCAUGUCCUAUGCAUGAAUGCUAGGCAUGGCAUAGGGAUAGGGCUUAUUUUGUGUAUUAGGUGGGACUCUGGGAGUUGUCUGUGCCCUUGUAUAAUAAGAAGGGGUCAUUUAGUGAACUAUAUAUCUAUAUACUGUUUUCUAGGAAGCGAUGGGAGGCUAGUCUGUGCUUUAGGGGGUCAGUAUAUGUUCUUUACUAUUCUUAAAAUUUAUCACACAUUGGAACUUACUGUUUUAGAUGUUUGUGUUUUCUAAACGCUGCACAUUAUGCAAUUUUACCUCAUCCUAUUUUCCUUUUCUAGUUAGCCAAAUUAAAUUGCAGGUAAUAUGCUUCUGACAAAGUUUUGGUUUGUUAAACUGUAAAUUAAGUCUAUUUGUGUUUUCUUUCUAAGCCCAAAUCCUUAACCUGUCUGUGGCUGACAUACACUAACCAAAUUCACUCUGGCCUGAGGUGUCAUGGGGCUAUUGACAAGCUAUAAUGUUCCUCCUCAUGUAAAUCUGUGUAAAUGAUUAUUUUAUAAAUAACUGAAAAUAGUUUUUGCCUAAAAUGAAGAAUAAAGCAAAGUUGGGGUGUAGUUGU